AUGGCUAAGCAAAAUGCUCAAUUUGAUAAGCUAGUGGAAACUCCAUUGGAGUUCGUCAAAGAAGGUAACCAAUUCUUACAGAAGUGCAAGAAGCCUUCCAAGAAAGAAUAUCUAAAAAUCAUCCAAGCUGUUGGUAUCGGUUUCGUUGCUGUUGGUGUCAUCGGCUACAUCAUCAAGUUGAUCCACAUUCCAAUCAGAUACUUGAUUGUGUGA